AUUUCUUCAGUCGUCCAGGCCUGAUGGGGGUGAGCGGUGCAGUUCAGUAAAGUGAAAUAAAGUAAAGUGAGAAGUCUGAUCGUUCAGCUAAGCACUUAAGACAUGGAGGAAAGACAUGGUGACAUGACAUGGUGGAAAAACUUGGAGGAGAGACAUGGAGGAAAGACAUCGAGCAACAAUGACAGCGGCAUAGCGUUUUGGGCAGCACUUCCCGCCGCACAGCCAACAGCCAACAGCCAACAACCAACAACCGUCAACCGCGCUUCAAGGCCAGAGGCAGCUAAAGUGGGGAGCUCAGGUGAGCAAACAAAAUCUCCUGACAGCUCAAUGAGCUGUGCCGCAUGGGCAGGCGAGGCCGAGGGCGAGGGCGGGUGUUUGAAAGCGUAUAAAACUAGCGGUAACAGAUACCAAGGAGCGCAUAACUUUUGCAUAAAUCUCUCAUAGUUGUUAAUGCAAACCGCGCCUGGCAGCCCCCAGUCGCCAGCCAUCAAAAAGCAGCCAGCAGCUGGCAGUUGGCAGUUGGCUGGCGUCGCACGUUCGAACUUUUCG